UGGACUUUGGAUGGACAGGUGAGGCACAGUCGUACUUCCUGGAGCACACAACAGCGCAGCUAUGGCCAAGUUCUUCACUCCAGUUCAAAUCAAUGAAUUCAAAGAGUGCUUCUCUCUGUAUGAUAAGAAGCAGAGGGGGAAGAUCGAUGUGAAAGACCUGAUCACCGUCAUGCGCUGUCUGGGAACAAGCCCCACCCAUGGCGAGAUAGAGCGCCACCUGCAGGUCCAUAAAAUAGAUAAGUCCGGCUCGGUCGACUUCUCGACGUUCCUCACAAUGAUGCACAGGCAGAUGCAGCAGGAAGACCCUAAGGCUGAGAUCCUGGAGGCCCUGAGGAUGACGGACAAACAGAAGAAGGGCUUCAUCCAGGCCACGGAGCUCAGGACCAAGCUGACCACGAUGGGAGAGAAGCUCACACAAAAAGAAGUGGAUGAGCUGUUCAGGGAGGCCAAAAUCAAACCCAACGGCGUCGUCAACUAUAAGGAGUUCACUCAGAUGGUGACGCUGCCCCUUGCGGACUACUGACACCGCUGCAGGAGGACAGAGAGAAGACACUGCCCCACAGCGUGAAUAUUAGCCUGGCCUAUACUCAUGUGUGCAACGUCUGACCAUGUGCCCCCUUAGAAUGACAUGGUCCCAUUUGCAUUCUGGGUAUUUCUCAUAUAUUUGUGUUUAAAGUGUUUAAAGUGCAUAUGACAGGUUUUCAUGUUUUUUUCUAAUUAUGACUCGGUUUGGUGGGGUAGUACCUGUGGUCGAUAUUUAUCAUAGUUUUAUAUCAGUUAAGUGGCAGUUUUUGCAGGGGGGAAAAAAAGUUGCGAGUAAAAGUACAAAAUACAGGAAGUAGUAGGGAGUUUGGAUGGAAUACUGAAAUUCCAUCCAAAAUGUAAGGAGCGAGGGAGGCUAUAGUCUGAAGUAAAGUUGCUAUUUAUUUUUAGUAGUCUAAUCAUGAAUGUUGUGCAAUUUAGACACGUUUUGACGAAAAUGUAAAAUGUAAAACCUUAGAUAUUAUGAUGUUAAUUCUGUUUUAGUGAAAUGUGCAGUCUUACCUGUCACAUGCACUUUAACCUCUCAAGCAGCAAACUAGAAAUGAGGAAAUUGGUUUUGUUCAUAAAAACCUCCAAAAAGCACCAGACUUUUCAAACAUCUUAAAAAUGUGCUAAAAACAUAAUAAUUAAAUCAGGACUAAAAUGUUGGACAGAACCAUAUACUUUUAAAACUACAGUGUUCAUUUAUAAAUAUUCUGCGUACUUGAGUAAAUGUUUCUGUAUGCAUGUUCUUAUAAUGUAUAAUAAAUACAAAUACCACGUCAAAUGCUGAGUUUAGAU